UAUUAUAACUUAUUUUACAUUUUAUGUACUUAUACUACAAAGUAUAAAAUCUUAUAAAUAAUGAGUAGAAGUGAAAAUUUGUUAACUGGGGAGGUAGACAGUUCUUCUUUUUUAUAUAAAAAACUACUUUUUGAUUACAAAGACAAUUUCGGACAAUCCAAUAAUGAUCAAGAAUAUAAUUUGGUUGCCCCAAAACCAGGCUGGUGCUUAAAAACAAAAGUAGAUAGUGGCGAAAAAGUUUUUAUAAAUAUAUGCACAUCUGAUCUUGUUUUAAAACCAAAAGAUUUGACAGAAAAUGAGGUGCGGAAAAUUGUUGAGUCAGAAGAUCCUACUAAAUUUAGAAUCCCAAUGGGUAUUGGUGAGCCUCAUAAAGAGAAAGAUAAGUCUGAUAAAGAUGUGAAUGCAUAUGAUAUUGUGAUUCAUCCAGAGUUUUUCGAAAAAUGCAAGAAGAUCCAGUUUUUUAAAGAAUUCUUUAUCAUGUUAGUUUUUGAAGGGAUUGAAAAUAAGUUCAAUAUUUCUUUAUCGCGGGAGUAUCGUAUAUUAAAGAAUCGUAAAGCUGUUGGUUCUUUAAGGAUGCAAAAUGUACGAAGUAAAGCUACUCCAGUCAUAAUGGAUAUGGAUUCAUCAAUGUAUGAACUUGAGAAAGAAGCCAUUGCACAGCAAAAAUUUUCCAUAUCAGAAGUGUCAACAAAGAAGUUUUCUUUAAAAGCAAAUCUUACUCCUCCAACAUAUACAGUGAUUCAAGAACCACCGCAUGGUUAUCCAAAUUUCCUUGUCAUAGAAAUUGAUCUUUUGAAAGAGAACAGUUCUACUAACUUUCAAUUAGACAUUGGAGAAGACUGCUUGAUAUUUCAAAGUAAUAUAUACUUUUUAGACAUUACCUUACCUUUUAAUGUUGAUAACGAGCAGACUGGUGCUCAAUUUCACUGCAAAACUAAGAAAUUGACCGUGACAAUGCCUGUCUUACCGAUCGGCGUCUGAAUAUGACAAUAUGUAUUUUUCUAAUAACUGUUUAUCAAUUUGUUUCAAAAAAAAAAAAAAAGUAUCUGUAUUUAUAUAAAGUUGUAUAUAUGGUUGAAUUAGAUUUUUAUCUUUAUGAACUUGCGAUAUCCUAUACUCUGUUUAAAUUUUUGAGUAGAAUGUUUAUAAAACAUUAGACUGUUUUUUACAAAAGAUCAAUCGGUGUAGUAUUAGUUUUCUAGGAAAA